AUGGCACCCGAUGCUCGCACUAAAAAACGCAAACGCUCUGACUCUGACGCCACUGCCUCUGACGGGAAGAAGCUCAUUCUUGAACCAUCGAGCAUCCCUUCCACCCAGGUCGGACCCGUCCUCGUGAGUUUCCCGGCCCUCCAACCACCGAAAGAAACUUCCUUCAAGUGCUAUGUCCAUGAAGGAGAAGACGGCAAAGAGUUCUACCGCCAAAACAUCACCCUUGCCGGUGAAACCGACUCAGUCGAAUUCGAAGGUGCGAACGCCACACGGGACGGCGCACUGGGUUCAAGAUACUAUAUUGCUCUCCAUCGCCCCUCCUCCUCAAAAGUUACCCUUCAACCGGCACCACUGCACAUCCUGGGCCACACCGUCAAACGCCUCAAAUCCCUUUCCUCCGCCUCGUCCUCCACCGGUCCAUCCCAAUCCGAACGUAUCAUGGCCCGUAACGCCCUAGGCCAAGCCUUUGGUACCAAAAAAGCACUGGCCCAAAUUCGCGCGAAUGAGCGGAACAAAGUCGAUGUAUCGGCCAUGGAAUCUGUCGCCCCUGUACUGCAAUCUGGUAUAGAGCGCGGUACAGAGAAUUUACCGACCAUGGAAGAGGCGAAGAGUGCGGCAGAUAUGGCGAGAUUGAUUCCGAGAUAUGACGCAGAGGCGACGAGUCCAGAGGAAGCGUACCCGCUGCAUGGGAUCAUUCCAGAGCAGGAGUGGAGCGCGCUGGACGGUGUUUGGAGCAGCAUUAAGACGAUAAAGGCCAAGGAGAAGGAAACUGGAGAAAGGAAUGUUCCUGAAUGGAAUAAGAUGUGGCCGGUGCAGAGGAGUACGUGGGUGAAGCAGCAUGUCAAUAAAGCGUUUGGCGUAAUGAAGCCUGCACAGCAGAAGAGAGUCGUUAAGCUUCUAUUCUAUAUCGCAGCGAUGAUGUCUUUCCGCAUACAAACCUCGCGGGGAAAAGUACCUGACCGAGAAGUCCUCCUCGAUAGGAUGUCUCCUGCACCGGAAACCAUCGUUGACGGUCUGCUAGAACGGUUCACCGAACAGGCCCGUGCAGCCACCACCCGACAAGCGACAUCCUCGACACAAACGAACCUUCUCUCACACAUGCUCGCACUUUGCCUCAAAGUCGACAACUUCGCUUCCGAACCAACACUCAUCGCCGCAGACCUCCAAAUGGCUGCCAACACCGUAAACUCAAUCUUCCGCUCCCUGGGUUGCAAGAUCGAGACACUCGACGCCGCAGAUCUCACGAAAUACGGUAUUGCGCCCAGUGCGGUAGGAGAGAAGAGGGCGAUAUUGAAAACUCCGCUAGUGUUCCCUAAGCCCAGGAAUAACAAGCGGAGGAAUUAGACCCCCUUCCCUUUUACUACGCCAUUGGACAAGUAUUGAGUAGGAGGCGCGUUGUGGGUAUGUACGAGAUAGAUCUGCGAGAUCAUGGGAUCUCAGAAUAUACUCA